UGGACACUUUCUUCCCGUCCAGUGGCUGCCUGGUACAUGCAUUACCUUGAGCUACGCCAGCAUGUCGGGUAUUGAUCAAUGUGAGGGCGCUGGGGGAGGCACCGAAGGAGGCGAUGAUCAUAGGCGUUUCAUACCGCCGACAUGUUUUCGAUGCCAUGAACCGGGACACUAUGCUAAUCAGUGCCCCAAUCGAGGGUCGCGACACUAUUCUGACAGGCCAUCCGCAUCCUCCGAGAAACGUCGAUCGAGGUUAUCGCGGUGCCACUACUCACAAAGAAGGCAGUUUUCCUUCGGAAGGGAUGAGGAUGUAAGAUCGGCAGUUUCUAAGUUAAAUAAGUCUGUGGCAUUUAUGAAGGAGUUUUACGACGAGAAGCGCCUGAAGAAAGAGGAAAAGGCGCGGCAAAAGUUGGAGAAGAAAGAGGCCGAAGAGCGGGAACUCGCUGAACGUGAAAAGCUAAAAGCAAGGAGGAUGAAGGCCGAGAUGAAGGCUAAGAGGAAAGCGAAGGAAGCUAGACUUGCCGCUGAGAUGGAAAAAGAACGCAGAGCGAAGAUGAAAAAAGACCUUGAUAUUCACAUGGCGGUCCGGAUGAGUGUGAUGGAGGAGAACUUUUUCGAGAGGUUCGAACACACUUUGGCUCCCCUCCGCCAAGUUCUGAGGAAUAAAGGGAAGCAAAAGGUUUCUUACAAGUCGGUAAGCGAAUCCACGUCAGCUUCGAGUGACGGCGAGAGUGACACCAAUGUGACUCAAGAGCUUAACGUCCAUAUGCGGCACCUAUAUCCAGGAAAAAUGGCAACGGGGGAUGAGACAGGCGGUCGCGGGAGCGAGGGAGGACAAGACGUAGGAGGUAGCGUUGUACAAAACGAGGGGGGUCAGAAGGACACGGAAUCGACAAAUCUGGACGGGACCAAGGGAAAUAGGAAGGAACUCUCAUUGGGAGAAAGCUCGGGAAAGGCCGAGGGAAGCAAACGAGGGAGCCAGGAAACCAGGGAUGGUAGAGAUAAAGAAGGACCGGGUCCACAAAUUUCGGAUGGGGUUGUAUCAAAGAAAGUGAGAAUCACGGACGCGCAACGCAAGCUAGUGGAGAUAGAGAAGAGGAUCUUGGAGUACAAGGCAAGGUUGAUGAAGGAGAUGAUGAUCAGAAGCGAGGAGGACCUUCCCGGGGUAGGACUGUUUGACGAAUGGAGGACCAGCCGAGGCUAAACCAGAUUGGAAGGGAAGUCCUAGGCUGCUCAAAGGGUUUUGGCGACUAUUGACUCGUCGACGAGUGGAGGUAGAAGAAACUCCAGAAUCACAGAAAGAGGAAAAGGUGGAGGAGACUCUGCAAGAAGUCGCUAACCUUCAAAAGAUUCCUAAGGAUUUGAAGGAUUUAGAAAAGGUUUUCGCUGAUAUCCGCUUAAGCCUACCAGAUCGUGAAGGCAGGGAAGUCAUGAGAGCGCCGUCCGGAAUAAAACUCAGUUUCCAUG